AUGGCUUUGUGGGUGUUGAUCAAGAUUAUUGUGUUGUUGGUGAACGCUGUUGCCGUGUUGAAUGAAGAACGAUUCCUGAGGAGGAUCGGAUUUGGUUACAGACCUGAAGUCGUAGCAGAAGAGAGCUUGAAAGCACGAACUAUUAAUUUAUUACACGCAGUCAGAACGUUAUUGAGAAUUCCCUUGAUAUUUAUUAAUGCAUUCGUUAUUGUACUUUUGGUCUUGUUUGGAUAA